AUGACGCUGCCGUGGGAGCUCCGAAUCCGCCCCCGGCAGGUUGGCUGGGGCGCUGGGGUUGCCAUCGGAGCUGCUGCGGUGGCCGGGGCUGCGGGAAGGAGGCAGGAAGCGAGCGGCAGGCAGGGAUCUCGCCUUUCGUUCCUCUGCCUUCCCUCCGUGACAGGCCAUAAAAGUCACGAGGCAAGCAGGAAAACAAGGAGGUGUCCAGAGUUCAAGCACAGCACCCCCGCGACUCCCGGGCCGCAGCUCCCGGCGGGAGCCGAAAACCCGGCGAACACCGUGGGAUCUCGCUGCUGCGUGGGAGGCACCAUUUCUGCGGGAAGAGGCUCCUGCUGCCGCUUGGCAGCCGAGCCUGGGACCGGGCCUGCGCUCCGGGCCCUCCCUGCUGCCGGCGGCGGGCGGGGGAGCGGGGGGCGGCGGGCGCGACGGGCGCUGCCGUCGGGGCGCGGAGCCCCCGGCCGGGGAUGCGGCCCCCGGGACCGCCCCGGGCCGGGCGGACCUGAGCCGCUUUCGCCGCCCCCUCGGGGGGCGCCGGGGCUCCCGCGGCGGCCGCGACCCCGCGGAGCUCCGCGCCCCGAUGGCGCCCGCACCGGGCCCGCCGCGGGAGGAGCGACGCUCUCCUUCCCCGGAGAUCCCUCCUCCCGUCCCCCUCGGGUCCUAAAAUGGUGGGUCGGCCGCCCUCCCUCCCCUUCCUUCUCCCCCUUGUCCCGUCCCCCCCGCGCUCCCGGAGCCCGCCCGUCGCCCCCGCCCCAGCGCCGCGGGGCAGCCGCCCCUCCGUCCGGCCCUGCCCGGGCUCCGCGGGGAUCCGGCGCCAGGCCCGCGCCUCUCCCGGGAACACGGCAGCGGCGGUCCCGGGAACACGGCAACGCCUCUCCCGGGAACACGGCAACGCCGCCCCCGGCGGCCGCCCUUACCUGCGCCGGGCUCACAUCGCGGGGCCGGGGCCAGCGCUGCCCCCCCCGGCGCCCCUCGGCCGCCGCCUCGCCGCCGCCCUGCGCGGGGCCGCAGUGUCUUUGCACAAGUGCUGGAGGUGGAGAUCUGCGAGCCUGGAUGUGUGAUAGUGCAGUGCCCCCUCACGGGGAGCUGCUCCUGGCGCUGAUUCCUGGCUGCAUCCAGCUGCACACAGAGCUGCACUGGCACCACGAGCAGAGCUCAGGAGGAAAUGACCACAAAUACACACAGAAGAGAUGGGGCUUUUGGAAGAGAAGGAGGUGGCACCAGAGCUUCGAUGAGAUGAGCAGAAUAGUACAAACCUGGCAGCUCCACUCCUCAGAGGAAUGCUCCUGCUGGGAGGUGAGUGACUUGAGCAUGGCAAAGAUGUGAAUCCAGAGACUAAGAGCCUGAGGAAUUUCAGGAUCUUCUUGGGUUACAUUUCCAGAGAAAGGAACUCACUUUCUCUCCACAUGCAUUCCUGGCUCUGGUCACAAGGAGAUGAAAGAUGCAGGUGAAGCCCACACUCACAUUGGCAGCUGCAUCCCAAAUUAGCCAAAGGCAAGAAAGUGCCUGAAGCUUAGGGCAGGAGGUGGCUGCCCUGAGGUAAACCCUGACUGCUUUCACAGCAACCCCUGUCCUCAUGACAGCCCUGACAGAUAACAUCAAGGCUGACUAUGCCAGGGAACUUGGAUUCAAGGGUCCACGCCAAAUACCAUCAUAUUUUGCCAUCUUCUUUCACCUAAGAAUAUGAGUUAUGUUCAUUGAUCUUAAUUCUUCCUUCUCUAGACACAGGGAGAAUGUUGUUUCAGCCCUUUGCUCCCUGCAUUCCCAUUGCUGCUUCCCUUCUCCCAAUAAUAGUUAAAAUACUUUUUUUUUUUUCAUCUUGUGGUUCCUGUUUCACCCUACCUUCACAUAAAGGCUUGAUCAUAUGUCCAGAGAAUUGGGAAGAUGCCUGAAAUCCCUCCAAUGUGUACUAUAUGUAAACUCUGUUUUUCCUGUUUUGCUUGGUAUUUCUGCCUGAAGGCAUCAGGAGAAAUCCAAAGGUCAUCUGUUAAAGAAAUCAGGCAAGAAAAGAAAGCAAUUGGCCAGCAAAGAGGCACCUUCUUAAGAACAACAGCCAGGUGCAGAGCUGUGGCAAGAAACUCCCCAGUGCCUGUACUGGAAGAGAUCUGCUAAGGCUGGGGAAAGGGAAGGACACACACAAAAGCUCUGCCAUCUGUACAAGCAGGGGCACAUUCUGCGGGCUUGGAGGUGCUCUGGGGUGAGCAAGGCGGGGCUGCCCUUUUGUGAGGGGAAACACUGACACAACAGCGACUGGCAGAGGAGUCUCCUCUGUGGUUCCAUGCUUGAAGAUGGGAAAGCACAAACACCUCAGGCACAGUCAGGCGGAGUUCAGCAGCGUUGUGGGCAAGGUCAGCUGGGGGGAAAGACAGAGCAGAAAAUGGCCCAAGGCAACACACGAGCAGCAGGGCAACUGCAAGAGCUCUGGAAAGCAAAAAGAAGCAACUCCAGGUAUGAGGGACCAGUAGGGGAUCUGGGAAGUGGUGACCCUUCUCCCAUGCAGCUGUUGUCACCUCUCCAAAUUACAUCUUCCCAGCAGCUCCAGGAAGUCCAACCCUCCCCCAGUCUUCCUUCCUAGCUGUUCAUCCAUCCCAUUUCAAUCCCUUCCACUCUCCCUUCCCCUCACGUGGUGGCCUGGUUCAGCCAUUCACUACUACAAUGGCAAAAUGCUUUGGGACACCUUGACUUUGGCCCUGUUGCCUGUUUCCUCCUCCCUUUGCUCAGUCUCCUGAAAUCUCCUGUAUUUCCUUUUUUUUUUUUU